AUGUCUGGCGGAAAUUGGCAGAACACUUGGUCGCAACAGCCUCCUCAACAUCCCCAGCAACCUCAACAGGACAUGUACAACCAAAGUCAGCCAGGCUAUGGUUACAAUCAAUCUCAAGCUAGAGGACCUCCACAACAGCAAAUACGUCAAAAUGAUUAUAUUUCAUACCAACAUCAACGUCCUUCAGGCGCUCCAAACGCUUUUAAUCGCCAACCACCCCAUCAACAGUACCAACAAAAUUACAUGGCCCAGCAACAUCUCCACGGCUAUCACCAUCAACAGCAACCAUUCAUGUUCAAUGCGAAUGCCAACGUUUUUGUGCCACGGAACCAAAUAAUGCAAUCUCAUCAAGACUACGGAUAUUAUGCUGGACCACCAUACCAACAACAUAACCAUGCUCAAUAUCAGCAGAACCAAUUCGGUAUCACGUCUUCUCCAUCAUCUUCCUACAACGCCAUGUACCAACAGGAAGAUGCGGGUUUCGAAGCGUUCGCUCAAUUUGGUCAGCAAUCUCAACAAUAUCUUCCUUCUAAAGAGCUAGCUGAUCAGAUUCAAAGUAGCAAAUGCUCCUCGUAUUUGACCGAGAUUCUUGUCGGGUGCGAACAACUGAUAGCAGAAGAUGAAGAAGAGUCAUCCACAUGGAUUUCAGCUAUUCGGCAAAGAUUCGAAGAUCCUCAAAUGGAUGAAGAGUCUAAAAAAAUAGGGGUGAAACUGAUUAUUGAGAUGGCAUAUUCCAUGGAAUCGAAUCAAUUCCGUAGUAUUGAUCCUCAAAAUACUUUUUCCAAUUUAUUAAAGACACUGUCACUGGAGUUGAAAGGUUUCUUGCGUAAAUUCAUUGUCCCUGCUCUUGGAGAAUACCACGAGUCCCGUAAACAGUUUGAGAAUGAUGACCGUGUUUUUAUGGCUAUUUUCUAUGCUGAAGUGUACGUCAAGUUGUUCUUGGAGAACGGAAGUCGUUUUGAACGCAUUGGCGAAGCUCUAGCUGAUCAGAUUGAUGAAAUUCUGAAGUUUCAACCGAAGGAUGAAUACAUGAAAAGUUUGAUCCGUGCGUUCAAAGUGGCUGGUGCGGAGCUUGACACUUCUGAAUCAUUGAGACGGCGUGUUGAUCAAAUUUUGACUAUCAUGGGUGGUUAUGCUAAAGGUUCACCUCUUCUUGGAGAAUCAGUAAAAGCUCAAAUUUUCUCGCUGAUUGAAUGCCGUACACGUGGUUGGGAUCGUCCUGCUACCCGUGGUCCGGAAGUAGCUGGUAAUGUUGCUGAUCGGGAUCAAGACUCGUUCGAUGAGUCGACUGACAACGAUUUGACAGAAGAGGAGCGCCUCUUUUUGGAGAGCCAUUUGGAUCAGGUGGAAUCUGGGCGGGCUGGAGAAGACGAUUUUGACGAUCAAGAAAUGAUGAAAGAGUUUGGAAAGUUUGUGAAAGAGGAGUUGUUGCAGGCGGAGGAAUUGAAAACAGCAGAGAUGCUGCAAAACUGCAAUAUCAAAGGAGAUGAUGAAGAAAAAGCAGCAACCGAAGAGAAAUAG